AUGGCGGCACCGUCUGUCGCGCAAAAGCGACGCGCGAGGAGGAGAAAGGAGGACAAGACGCCCGUGGCAACGCGCCUCGUCUUGCCGGAUCAUGUGAAAGGAGAUGUCGGAUAUAUUUCUGAUGAUCUCUUCAAGGAGCUAUUUCCUCGGUGUCAUGCCGACCCCGCGGACAACGAAGACGAUGCCGAGCCUACCAUUUUCCACAUCGCCAUCACUCCUUGGACGCCCAACUCUUCGGCAGCCGACACGCCCUGGGCCAUUGUCCCCGUCAUCCGGUCGACCGAUACCUCGGCCUCCACGAUCCAGUUCUCCCCUUCCUCGUCCGCCCUGCAAACCUUUGCGAAAACCCUACAAAAGGUUGCGCCCUCGAAACUCUCGAGCCACAUCCGGAGCGGCAUCGAUAUCCUGGCGCUCGACGUCGUCGCCCUCGAGCUAGAUACCGUCUACGUCAAGCUCGAGAGCGAACUCACGAAGCGCCUCGAGAAUGGCGAGGAUCCUCCUGUGCGAGCCCGUCUCCCAGGGCAUACUCUCGCCCAACACCAAGAUCAUCCUGAGCCGGGGCAGGAUACAUGCGCCGAAGCACGCCCGCCCCGCGAUUCCUCGAGCCGCUCGCUCGGUGACGUGCGAGAGGACGACGAAGAGGACACGGGCAACGAGUUCUACUCCGCUGCCGAGGAGCGCUACAAGACGGACGCUCAGACGGAUGGCUUCGUCUCGGUGACUGAGGCUGAGCCCCCGCUCUCCCACCCACUUACGCCAGCGGGCUCGACCAUGCAGCCUGGCACGCCCACGACCGUGGGCCGCGGCAGGCGGACCAACGGCAUCAGCACGCCCGGCUCCGUCUUCUCCAACUUCACCGCCACCACCGCCCGUCCCGACCGGCAGCGGGGACGCCUGUUCAAGACCCACGGGCUCAUGGCGCCCAUCUCCGACGACCUGCUACACCCGAAGCCCGCACCCGAGGACGACGAGGAGGCCCGCGUGUACGUCGACAUCAGCUCUCUCCAAGAUUGGCUGCUUCUCCGGCGAUUGGGAGUCCAACUGGCGUCCCGUCAGGGUAUACAGCCUCCCGAGAGCCACUCGCGCCGGCCCAUGACCAGGAUUCCCAGCUCCCAGCGACCGGGCGAUCGCCGCCCCUCGUUCUUCGACUCCCAGAUCCAGAAACCCACAAGCCCCUCGGCCUACGUAUCCCCCAUCCUCCAGGCAAACCUCGACGGCGCAUCGUUUGUGCGCAUUUCCGCCAUCAAGCGCGGAUCAUACCAUGGCAAGGGCACGCUGCCCAAGUUUACGAAUGCCUCGCGCCCGCCCGACGCGCGGGACAUUCGCAUCCACCAGGUCAAGUCGCCUGUCACCACCGAACGAGCGUACCAGACGGCGGUGCUCGGCGGCAUCAAGCGCUACUUUGCGCGCAAGAUCCGGCUCCUACGCACGGGCGACCUCCUGGCCAUCCCCGUGGAUACUCGCCUUGGCAGGGCGAUGCAGGAGAGCGCGACGGGUACCGAGGUCGACUAUAUCCGGGUGUCCGGGGCGGACGACAGCGAGCACAACGACGCCGAAGACCUCUGGGGCUCGGUCGCUAGCGUGGACAGUCUGUCGGUCAUGCUCAACGUAUCGGGCUUCGAGACGAGCCGGGUGCCGGGGACCAAGGAUAGCAAUUGGCAGUAUUACCUAGGCCUGAAGAAGGCCGCGAAGCCUCUGCCGGAUGCGCCGUCGGCCUCGUCCCUGCCCGAGCCCGAGGUUCGGUACGUGUCGCCUGUCCGGCGGCAGCUCCGGGAGCUGAUUGCGACGGCCACGAGCCAAAGGGCGAUCCAUCUCAAGAUGCCGCCGGUCGCCAUCCUCCUCGUGUCGACGCAUCGCGACAUUGGAAAGGCGACGGUGGCGGAGGAGGCGUGCGCGGAUAUCGGCAUCCACUCGUACGCGAUUGACUGCUACGACAUUCUCAGCGAGUCGGGCGGCAGCGGAGGCGACGUCAAGACGGAGGCGUACCUGACGACCAGGGCGGAUCGGGCGAUUGGCUGCGGGCCCGACUGCUGCGCGCUGUUAGUGCGGCACAUUGAGACGUUGACGGCGGAGCGGAUCGCGACCUCGCUCAAGGAGGUGCUGCAGAGCGUGCGGGUACUCAUCGCGACGACGAGCGAGGUGGACAAAAUCCCCGACACGAUCCGGGGCAUGUUUACGCACGAGCUGGAGAUGCGAGCGCCGGACGAGGGCGAGAGGGAGGGCAUCCUGCGGAGCGUGAUCAACGAUCGCGGGGUCAGCAUCGACCCUGCGGUGGACCUGGGCAACAUUGCGCUCAAGACGGCGGCGCUGGUAGCGGGCGACCUCGUGGACGUGGUGGACCGGGCGGAGGACUUUGACGCGGCGGUGGACGCGGUGCGCAAGAACUUUUCCGACGCGAUCGGGGCGCCCAAGAUCCCGAGCGUGACGUGGGACGACGUGGGCGGGCUCAACAACGUCAAGGACGCCAUCACGGAGACGAUCCAGCUGCCGCUGGAGCGGCCGGAGCUCUUCGCCAAGGGCAUGAAGAAGCGCCUCAACUUCCUCAGCGUCAAGGGCCCGGAGCUGCUCAACAUGUACAUUGGCGAGUCCGAGGCCAACGUGCGGCGGGUGUUCCAGCGGGCGCGCGACGCGCGGCCGUGCGUCGUCUUCUUCGACGAGCUCGACUCGGUGGCGCCCAAGCGCGGCAACCAGGGCGACAGCGGCGGCGUCAUGGACCGCAUCGUGUCGCAGCUGCUCGCGGAGCUGGACGGCAUGUCGGGCGGCGACGACGACGCGGGCGGGGUCUUUGUCAUUGGGGCGACCAAUAGGCCGGAUCUACUGGACCAGGCGCUGCUGCGACCGGGGCGGUUUGAUAAGCUGCUCUACUUGGGGGUGUCGGAUACGCGUGAUAAGCAGACUACGAUUCUCGAGGCGCUGACUCGAAAAUUCGCCCUCCACCCAUCCGUUUCCCUCUCCAAUGUGGCGAGCCAGCUCCCGUAUACGUACACGGGUGCCGACUUUUACGCCCUCUGCUCGGACGCGAUGCUCAAGGCGGUCACGCGGCAGGCGUUGCACGUGGACACGCGGGUAGCAGCGGCCAACGCGGAGGACCUGGCGGUGCAGGUGACGGAGGCCGACUUCCUCGAAGCGCAACGGGAGCUCGUGCCCAGCGUGAGCGCAGGCGAGCUGGCGCACUACGAGAGGGUGAGGAAGAGCUUCGAGGGCGAGCGGGCGCCGGGCGAGGCCAAGGGAAAGGGCAAGGCGGAGGACAAGGGCAAGGGCAAGGGGAAAGCCGUGGCGACGGACGGUGACGAGGACCAGUACGGCGGGAGUGGCAAGGGCAAGGGCAAGGGCAAGGCGGUGGCGGGCCCGGGGUUCUUGCGCGACGGGGAGGACGGGGCCGGGGAGAAUGGGAAUGGGGUGUCUGACGGGCCGGAGGAGUUUGGCCGCGUGAAUGGGAGGUCGAAGGGUAAGGGCAAGGCCGUGGCUGGGUUCCAAGAGGGGACUGCCAGUGAUGAUGACGGGCUUUAUUGA